AUGGUCGUCCGUCCUGGUAAGUUUGACCAUGAAGUCCGGCAUGCUGUACGCGAUGCUGACGCUGCUGAAUACCUUCGUCCGAGGCCGGGGUCAGUGGACAAGCGCUCGGCUGUUGGUCUCGCCGCAUCCACUGCACACUCGUGCUCGUCCACGGGAAUAAGGGGCGGGGAAGCUGGUGCAGCUCUUACUUCAGUUCCACAUCACCUUGGCACUUUGAGCGCAUUUACGCACCUCGAAAUCGCACGUUUCUCUUCGGUUCACAUCGGUGAUUCACAGCGUCGAUCAGAUCAGCAGCAUACAUGCUACUUCGGUCGACUGAGCAGCGAGGUCAGCAGCGGAGAAGCGGAUGCGCGAAUGAAUGCGUGA